CCUGGUAAGACACGCUGGUGGAUUCUGGACGAUUUGGAAAUAAUCAAAAUGGAUUACCAGACUCUCAAAGUGACGCCAGUAUAAAAGUCAUAAUGCAUCGCUCACAGUCAUCCUUUCUACGGGCAUGCAGUGUCCAAGGCCUUGAAGACUACGACACACCACGAGCUCCACUUCUACGCCAAGUCUCCCUGGAUGAGGAACGACGAGACGAGUGCCAGGGUCACUGGCGAGGACCUGAGCUUCAAGGAGAAGAAGAAGAGAGAGGAGUCAGGCUGUUCAGGGCGUUACUGCUGCAGCAUUUGAGGCUGGAGCAUCUGAGGCCACCACCCUGCUUUGUGGCACCAGCUAAACCUGAUCAAAGGGGAUGGUGGAUGUACUGGCGCGACUGGAGGUCUUUGGAGAGAGCAGCUCGAAGGUUCAGGGAGACGAAGGCUCGAGCCAGGCUAGCAGCUGAGGCGGAACAUAUAUCCCUGCUGUGCCUUGACGAGGUCGAGUUUGAAGAUAUUAUGCAGGAGUUGUGUCAGUCCUGCGUUCACACAGAACAAAGAGCUUUAGUAGUCCUAGCAUUCCUUUGUGAAGUAUGUGCUCGUGCUGUGAGGGUCGGAGGAUGGUGCCGAGCGGUCGACUGGGCCGCCAAGCACGUGGCACAGUGCGCCACGCCGUGGGCCAUCAAACAUGGAGGAUGGAGCACAGUAGUAGAACGAGCAGGCGGCGCACGACGCGAUGAAACAACACUACUAGCCGGGGCGGCGCUGGCGGCCUUACUGGCAUUUCUACUGUUCUGUCGAGCGCGCCUGCGCACUGCGCUUUACUAAAACUACCCUCAUAUAAAACAGGAUCAGAAAUAAUACGCUUAAAGCGGCUGAAUUGAUGUUCAUAAGGCUAGAAUAUUAAAAUUCUGGCAAUCUGGUUUGACUGGAAUCCAACCCAUUGUUUUGGUUUGUUGGUUGGAAAUGUCCUCAAAGCCAGGGUAUGAAGAAGGUAUGAGAAGGUGUCUUUAAGAAGAAGUAAUCUCAGAAUGUUUGUAUUUCAUUUGAAAUAAGUACUUAGUACAUAAUUAUAUUAAAGAGUAAGAAAUGUUAAGUCUAAAUGUGAUGUCUAAGUAUGUUUUAGGAGAUUUUGGCACAAUUUUUGUUAUAAUUUUGUAAAACUUUAAUAUUUAGAUUUUUUAAGAU